AUGUCCCUCAUACAAAUCAAAACCGUUACUCUGCCGAAAAGCAGGGUGAAUCUAUUUUGGCGAGAGCAGGGACCACAAAACCCUUCCAAGACCAUUGUGCUUCUACAUGGCUUCCCAUCCUCGUCUCACCAGUACCGCCACCUCAUCCCCCUGCUGGCACCCAAGUAUCGCGUCGUUGCCCCCGAUAUCCCCGGCUUUGGCUUCACCGAGGUGCCCGAGAGCUUCACCUACACGUUCGACUCCCUCGCAGACGUCGUUGAAGAAUUCCUCGCAUCGCUCGCCAUCCACAAGUACUCCAUCUACGUCUUCGAUUAUGGCGCCCCCGUCGGCCUUCGGCUUGCCCUCCGGCAGCCCGCCUCCAUCGAGGCCAUCGUCACGCAGAACGGAAACGCCUAUGUGGAGGGCUUCGGCGACGUUUGGGGUCCCGUCAAGGAGUUCUGGGCCAGCAACAACACCGCCGCCGACCGGGCCAAGAUCGCGGAGGCCAUGCUGAGCUUGGAAAUCACAAAGUUCCAGUAUGUCAACGGCACGCCGGACGGGGCUGUGAUUCCGCCGGAGAGCUACUCGCUCGACUACGCCCUGCUGCAGCGACCGGGGCGCAGAGAGGCCCAGGUGGAUUUGUUCAGAGACUACCAAAACAACAUCCCCUUGUAUGAAAAGUUUCAUGAGUACUUCAGGUCCUCACAGGUGCCCCUCCUGGCAGUUUGGGGCAAGAACGACGCGUUCUUCAUCCCGCCCGGGGCAGAAGCGUAUAAGAGAGAUCUCCCCAACGCCGUAGUGAAGCUUAUUGACGCCGGACACUUUGCGGUGGAGAGUCAUACCGGAGUGAUAGCAGAAGAGAUUUUCAAUUUUUUGAGCUAG